CUUGCGCAUAAUCCAAUGUGGAUAAACGAAGCCUCCUACCGUCUCUCCUCGUCUCUCUUACCCUCUCUCGAGGCUCGGGGAGAGGCUCUGAUCCUGAGGAGGAGGAUCGUGGUGGGACCGGCGAAGCUAGGUGGUCAACUGGCAGCCACUUUCCAAGCCAGUAAUCAAGUAGCCUGCACCAUGGCGCGACCGGCACAACCCCUGGCCUCGUGCUUCAGUGCCUCAAGCUCGCGUCGACCGAUCCUGAGCUUCGCUGCGAUCGGGAUUCUCCUCGCCUCCUGCCUACAGUCAUGCAGUGCAGCAAGCUACGGAAAACCCCUGGGAAAAUUGUCUCAGCUUCAUCACGGUGUUUCCGGUGAAGUCUUCGCCGUAGAUGGACGCACCUUGUACAUCAAGGACUUGACCUACGAUGGCGAGGGUCCGGCCGCCUACUUUUACGCCGGCAAUUCCAAGACACCGAUCGACAAUGGAUUCAGAGUCCCGGACGAGAGGGGAACGUACGACCUUCUGAGGAGGUACAGAAAGGAGGACAUCACUCUGACACUGCCCGAGGGAAAGACCCUGAACAAUAUAAGAUGGUUCGCGAUAUGGUGCGACGAUUUUUCAGUAAACUUCGGCGACGUCAGGAUACCGCGAGGGUUCGAGUAUCCGCGACCCAAGAAGCUUGGAACCCUAAACGGCAUCCACGGAGUAAGUUCGGAACCGGUUGUCAUCGUCGACGCUCAGACUCUUCUUAUACCCGGAUUUAGCUACGACGGAGAAGCGCCAGAUGCGAAAUUCUGGGCUGGUCCAGGACCGAAUCCGACGCCCCAAGGCAUCCGGAUUCCUGACGAAAACGGAAAGGAGAAUCCGCUCCGUAAGUACGACCACAAAACCAUCGUCCUCACCCUGCCUGGUGACCUGACGGUCCACGAGCUCGGACACUUCGGUGUUUGGUGCGAGGCCUUCACCGUCGACUUUGGACACGUCAAGAUACCCCAGAGCCUGAACGUUCCCCCGUCUCUAAAGAUGCUCGGCGUUUCUCCCCAGUCGAAAUUAAACUGCGAAGUUCUCCAAGACGAUCUCGCCUUCGAAGUCCGUUGGGCCGUUGCUGGUGACAGUGUCGUCGUUCAGCUCGUCGCAAAACUCGACGCCGGACAGUACAUGUCCUUCGGCCUGUCUCCGGACCCCAAGAAGAGCAUCAUGGUCGGUGGAGAUGUGGUGGUCGCAUGGGUGGACAAGGAAACCCUCCAGGGUUAUGCCGUCGACUACUUUUUGGACGCGAAAUCGCAGUGUUCGGGUCAGCGAGGCAGCUGUCCGGACACCAGGAUCCAGGACAACUCAAACUCGGUGCGUUUAUUGAACGCGGCGAUGGUGAACGGCUACAGUAUCGUGACUUACCAGCGUCCGCUCAAGGCCAGUGACGAACUUGACGUGCCAAUAACGACGAACGGGAGCCAAGCGAUUAUCUGGGCUAUCGGGCCCCUGAACGAGAGGAAAGAGGUCAGCUUUCACAGCAACUAUCUGAGGAAGGAUCAAUUGAUUGAAUUCGGCAGACCACCCCGGUGGAAUUGCCCGAUGCCAGAUAACCAGGAGCAGGAUCGUCAUCCGGCCCUCACGGACAAGGACAAGGACUCCACGAGUCUGCAGACGGAAGUGACGACCAGAAGACCGCAGCGCGUUCCACCGCCACCAGCAGCAGCGCCGAAGAACGACCCGUGGGAAAUACCACCGAUCCAUUGCAGCGAACCUGCUGACGGAGUUUUUUACGCCCAGAUGGGACCGACCGGAGGAAAGCACGGAUACCCCGCGAUCACAGGACACGUUGGCUGGGGGAUAUCCUGGUACAUAAACGGGCUGCUUAUCCCCGAGAUCAACGUGGUCAGAGGCAAGAAGUACACCUUCGUCGUCGAGGGUGGUUCGGACCCGGAAGUACCGGCCCGCUAUCAUCCAUUCUACAUAACGGACGACCCCAUCGGCGGUUAUCAGCACAAAACACCGGAGGAAAAGGAGAACGUGAGAAUAUUCGCUGGAGUUAAACGCAUCCGCGGUACCAUGAAGCUCACCGGAGUCGGUCGACUCUGCAACUGGGUUCCUGACCAGUCGCAGCCUCUCGCCGACGAGUUUUCGUCGUUCGGUGCCUAUCAGCGCACUCUGACACUGGAGUGCGAUCAUGGAGAACCGGGAAUCGUCGAAUGGACUCCAGACGCUGACACUCCGGAUACUGUCUACUAUCAGUGCUUCACUCACCGUCAUCUUGGAUGGAAGAUCAACGUCCACGACGAAUGUGACGAAGGUGGUAUUCAGGGAUCGGCAAGCGAAGUGCGCGAGGUCUACGCCGAGUUACCGGGAAGGCAGUUGAACGCCGGAGAAACGGACCAGCUCGUCGGAGGGGAAAGCAUUCGUGUAUCGAGCAAGAACACCAUCGAGGCGAAGAUGUCCCAGGUCGAGGGUGUCGCCCAACGCGCCAAGAACACCGGGUUCAAGCCGGAGUCAGUCGUCGUCGAGGGUGGCUUCAAGCCCAUCCUGAGGAUCACCGAAGUCAGCGACUACGCCGAGGACCGUCGCCUGAACGUCGACGAGUCGGACGACGCGAUCCUCGACAGCAGGGAAUACGCCCCCCUCGACAGCUUCGAGCCGAUGUUCGUGCCCUCGCCGCCGGAUGGGAACCAGAGCAAGAAGCUCAAGAAGAAGGCCCAGCGAAACAAGCGGCGAGAGGCUGAGGAGGACACGCAGCCGGCUGCCGACAGCCCCGAGGCCUACUAUCUGCCCCCGUCUGCCCCCCGCCAAUCAUCACGAAGACCUGAGAGUCAGGCCCCCGUUGACGGGGCCCUGAUCACAGCCGACGGGACUCAGGUACUGGACGCGAACCUUGCGCGCUCGAUUCCGAAGGUCAACGAGCGCCCCGGUCGAGUAAGGUUGUCGUCCGAUGUUCUCAGCAAGACCCCGCAGUACGGAAGCUUCAGGGGAGAGCUGCCGCCUCCCAUUCCGGACAACUUCAGGCCCGACGCUAUUCCGCAGUUGCAGAACACCGACCGAGCAGGACGAAAGAACCCGGGAAACGGAAACACGAGACUCACUCUCGUCCAACGAUCGAAGAGGGCUCCCCACCACGUACCGGGCCACAAUGAGGAUGAUGAUACUCAAAACAUGAAUUCCAGUCUUGUUACUAACGCUGAGGUUACCCCUACCAAUCAACAGUAUCACGAUCACUCCCAGCUUGACGAUCAGCAUGACCAUCACAAUCAUUAUCACAAUCACACGGAUUCCAUGGAUCAUGCAGACCAUGACCAUGCGCGCGAACCCUCACCGAGUGCCGGCGAGUUGGUUAUGGCCAAUAUCGAAUACAUAGUGCUCACGAUUGUUCUAUACUUUGUCAUUUAAUUUAUUUUCUCUUUCCAAGGGUGGAGAUCGGUCAUCUAUUACGCUCAAAAAAUAAUGAUGGUAUAAGAUGAAUAUCGUUGCGCCAUUUGUAGUGAAUUCUACAGGCUAAAUUCUCAAUUUUUCUACUGCCGUUGGUAUUCGAAAUCAUAACUACUCAAAUCUUCCCAUCGUUUCGUCUGUCCAAAAAAAGGACUCCAUAUCAUAGAUCACGGGGAAAGAUUGCAUCGCUAAAAUAAAAUUCCAACCGAAUGGAAUCAAUGGUAGCCAUGUUUAUUUUCCCCCAGGGUUCGCAAAAUUUGCACCUGCAGUUCCGUUUACAUUUUUGACAUACAUUCUCUUGGUCUCGUCACUUUCGUCAGUAUUGAAGUGAGUCAAGUUCUGAAAUUUUUUACUGAGAAAGUAUUCGAAGAACAUGAUCGUUUUAAUAAUUUUGAAGAAUUAACUUCGGUGCUUCACUCUUCAUGUCACAACGACUUACGAUCAGUAAACUAAUCUCGGAUCCAUAAAUUGUCGCUGCGCGUUGUGUUUCAGUAAUUCAAAUGUUAAAUCGGGAGUAUAUUUUUAUGUGUACCAUUUAUCCCAAGGAUACAAGACAUGUAGUAUAGGAUCCCGUCAAGUAUAGCAGUGUAGUAUCGCAGAAUGUUAUUGAUACGAUAUAGGGUUUAGUGUUAAUCAUUAGUUAAGUGAAUCUGAGAACUGAAGUUAUACAUUUUAAUACACACAUAUUCAUAAUCGUAGUUAUCAUUAAUUGUACUAUACGCAUUAUAUAUUAUUUGUUCGUGUUUCUUUUUUUAUUUUUCAUACUUUUUCUAGGCGACUCGGACGAAGGCCGCGCAUUAAUCGCAGAUGCCCGUAUUGUUACUAAUCCACCGUUACUAUCUAGCAAUUCUACCUAUAAGAAGACGACGAGAUAUAUAACCGGAGAGGA